UUGUCUUCGUCAGAGAAGCUUCAAUUACCAAAGGAGCCGUUAGACGAAAGCUGUCUUCCUUGUCCGAUUGCCUCAAAUAUAUCCCUGCAACAAUACAAUUCUUUUGUUGAAAGCAAAGAGAUAAGCGGAUACAAGCUUGAUUAUAAAAAGGGCACCGUAUAUAUGGUUGAAAUGUGUUCGACUGAACAUGAAGCAGUUGUUGAGAUUAUUGGAGACGCCUUCCGUGAUCUAUGUCCUCGUGCCGCUUAUGGCAGCCGAAAUAAUGCUCCAAUACAAAUUCUUGGGCAGUCACCAGGACGCAGAGAGCGGGCUAUGAAGGCCAUACUUUGGCGACAAGGAGUCGCAAAACAGAAGUGGCAUUUUGGGACUGUAGAUAAAAACGGUAAUCAUUUUCCUCCUGACACAAAUGUCUGUAAUACUGCGAACGACCCAAACUACAUCAUUAAUAUCCCGGUUAGCGACAUAUUUUAUGAUCCACCAGUUCCUGCAACUGGAUAUACACCUUUAACUGGUCCUCCUCUAGCAUUGUAUAAUGCUAUUGUUGCAAUUGAUCUAUACGAAGUUCAGCAGGCGGUUUUAAUGAAACAGGAAAAGUAA